GACUAUGAACUCAUCUGGCAUUUGUGUGUCAACGAAACAAAAGAUGUUGAAGCUGUAGAGACGGGAUUUAGGCUCUACUCUCUGUCCCUUUUGUGUGUGGAAAACCUGUUUGUGUCAUCUGCAAUUGCUGCCGAAAACGGUCAUCCUUUCCUUAAUUGUCGGCGGUAUACUACCAGAAAUGCAAAUGUCACUUGGCGCGCCGUUAAUCAGCUGUUUGAGCCGGUCCAAUUUUUGAGUAGAACCAGUUGCAGAACCUACGCUAUUCAUCCGGUGUUAUUCCCGGAUGUCGGCUGUGUUGAUGCUCGAAGGACGAAUACUGUCUUAACGACGAAGGAUACCUUUCAUCCGAAGCGCGUUUACAACCCGCACUGAGGACAUCCCGGAGUACGUGCCUUGAUCGCGACUGAGAAGUUACCUGUAUACGGUUUCCCGCUAUUCGCCUACGUUUUGAACGAACGGUGAAUUAAACUGGGGGAAUAACUAGCACUCUGUUGCCCAAGGAAAGCAUCCCUACUUUAGCAGCGAAUGCGUAGCAUCACGGCAUGUACAGCGCAUGACGUUCUCCUGAACAUGUAACUACCGUUUCGUAGUUGUGUUGUCCGAAUACAUAUCGAGUGUCCACACAUGCCGUUGGCUUGUGUGUAUUCCUCUCCUUUUCCCUGAGUGCAAUUCCUCUCCUGUCCGGGAAGCAAACAUCAAGUUACUUAACUUCCUACUGCGACUUCAGGAGGCUCACCUCGGAUUUGGUGCCCGCAGAAAGUCAUUGCGGGUGCGUAUCCGUGUGCCGAGGAAAGAACGACCCUGGUCUUCCAAUUUCAGUCCACUCAGUUUCGCAACGCUGUUGCAUCUCUGUAGAAAACCAACGAGACAGCUAGAGCACGCCGCGGAUCCCAUAUGGUUGUUCUAUAAGCCAUUCUAGAGCAGCUACCGUUGCCAAAUACACCAAGGUGCCCUCCUUUUUCAAAAUGACAGAAUCCGGGCAGCACGUCAAGCCUUCAGACAAGCGGGCGUGCUCUGUCGACAGCGCAAGCACCUGCCUUCCACUGGAAGGACCGAGUCAGGAACCACUAGGUUCACAUGAUCCACUUCAGUGUUCAAUUUCGAGCUUCACUCGCAACGUGGUUGCCUGCCUCAAGGACCAGAAAGGCGACGCAGACAGUGUGUACACACAGGCGGAAAUACAAGCCGCCACAGAGAGAGCACUAGCACAGCAAAAGCAGGAGAGAGGAAGUCUACUGCUGGCUGCUUCGACUGUGGUAUUGCUGUUGGCUACUCUGACUGGAGGAUGCAGCCUGUAUUCUGCCAUCAAAUUGAGCGAGCGCCCGCCGAAGCUCGGUUCUCCAGGAAGCGUCUCAAACCCUUCUCAAAGCGAUGUGUUUGUUGCAUCUACUGGAAAUACGGCCCAAUUUCGGGAAUUCGCCCGUCGAUGGAGAGGUUCCACAUUUCCAUCGGGAGCACUGAUGCAGAUCCCUCAUACGGCGCAAAGUUCAGAUGCUCCGUCAUCUGUCAACUCAGCAGGCGACGACAGUGGCAUUUACGCCGAGAACGGAGGAACCGAAAGGAUGGUUCCUCUCUCUCUCCUGGCCAGCAUCCCGUUCGAGGCCCUUGUUAGAGUAUCCGUUGUUGUUCUUCGUCUAAAUGACAACGAAGUGCGGGCAUACCGAGUGGCUACAGUCAGCCGAAACUUCUCGACUAAUUCAACCGCGAUGGAGUUUGCUUCCCGUGAGACACUCGUGAUUCAACCAGAUGGUCUAGCACUGCUCCUGACACCGUCUAAUGCAAUAGUGACAGGGUGGAACGUAGAACCACAGGGAAAGGACGAUCCACUGUCAUCGCUGCUUAGUACAGCUGGCGGGCUUGAAGGCGGAGCAGCUGGCCAAGCCUCUCCGUCGGAGAGUCGUCUAUCAUCCUUCACAGUACCUCUCACCAAUGCGCAAGUGACUGAAUGGCUGCUGAGAAAGCAGAACGACCUUGAAGCGAGCCAGUCUUCAUCAAUCGGGCAGCCAAUCGAGGACGCAGUUCUUUCUGGAUCUGAGAGUUCAACCAGCACCAAGGCACCAUCUCCUGCGUUCCCACUGACGGACAAACAGUACGAACAGAUGGACAAAGGGGAGCCUCUUUUGGAAGGCUUUCCUGCCCUUUCACCAUCCACAAAUGUGUUGAACACUACGAAGGACGCGUUACCCAGCAACCAGCUAGGCAGUGCGCCAGAGCCCCAAGACGACAAUUUGUUCCUUCAAAGCCGUUCGGCAGACCCGAAAGAACCAACGGAGUCACCUGAUGGUAGCACGUCACAGGAUGAUGUUAGCUAUCGCGAGGACGCAACAACAGCUGGGAAUGCUCACACGGGUAAUUAAGUCAGCCCCGUAUCCCUGACUGCCGUUCUGCUGCGUAUUUCACGAAACGUGAAUCACAACACCAGACUGUCAGUGCAGUUCAGCAUAAAGUUGGAUACCUCCCGCCGCGACAUACUCAUCGUCGGAGAAUUCUCCUUAUCACUGUAAUCAGGACUUGCUCCUGCUCUGAACGAAUACGACCGACAUGGUGACACAUCGAAAAGUCUAUACGAUAGUCGACCUAAUUGUGUGUUGCUACUGGAGGCUACAUUGAGUGGGACACAAGGUGACACCCUGUUCGGGGGGUAUCACAGAAAACCACAGAAACACAGUGUCUAGUUCUAGCCGGUGAAAACAUUUUAGAGCGCAUUUUUAAAAGCACUGGUGACUAGGGUCCACGCGUUACGCUGCGAAAACCGUGGACUGAUAGAAAGGUUUGUGGUGGCAUUUUGCAGAGAGUCGUGGCUGACUCGGAACAGUCUCCAUGUCGUGCCUGAAAAGAGCGCAGGACCCUUGCGUAUGAAUACUCGUGGCCACGUCCGAAAUCGAACGCAUGUAAAUGCACGGACUCACUCCAGCAUAAGUGGCACUGCUCUCUUCUUGUGCUGUCUUUCCUAUGUAUCUGCCGAACGAACACCGCGUCAACGAACACAACAUCCCUUCUACCACGCCGCUUGUAACAUCGUUGAUGGCAUUUUCCCCCUCCUCGACAAACUCUUCAGACUCUAAACACAGUGCUGAACGCGAUCGUCAGCAAAGCAAA